AUGGACAUAGAUUUCAUAUACCUGCUUUGCCUGGGGCUGUGCCUGUGCUAUGGAGAUGAGGAAGAGAACGAGGAACUUCCCAUUCCUUCCAUCAGUGCCUGGCCCAGCUCUGUGGUCAGGUGCAAGAGUAACGUCACUCUCCGAUGCUGGACUCAUUUCCAGAACGUUACAGUUACUCUGGGAAAGUUGCACAACUCUGGGUACCAGCAGGAGCUACGAUCAGCGGCAAAGGAGGCUGAGUUCCACCUCACUCACGUGCAGCCUGAAGAUGCUGGGGGCUAUUUCUGUGCUUACAGGACAGCAGCCUCCCGCAGGUGGUCAGCACGGAGUCAGCACCUACAGCUGGUGGUCACAGCUGGCCUGAGAGCUUUCAGAGGUCCUUCUGUCUCCACCUCCCACUUCCCUGAGGGGGUGCCGGACAACCGGUACUACCAGACUUACCAAUCCAGUUUUACACGGGCUCUGGGUAUCUGA